CAGCGCCCGUGUGCCGAGUCCCUAUCACCCCAGCUUCACGUCUUUCGCGCCAGCUGUAUCCACCAACGAUUCGGAGCUGCAGAGCUUGUCGAGCGAUGCCAUUUCGGAUGACACCAUGUCGCUGACGGACUCCAGUGUUGACGGUGGGCCCAUGAUGGGGAGACAUCAGAACAGCAGCAAAGACGGAGGCAAUACCGAGCCAUGAAGACCAACGUCAGGCAGAACGGACGGGUGACAUCAUUCCCACCCUUCCCUAUAACUCAGCGUCCACCCAAGGAUGUUCAGCCCAUGGAGCCGGCAGAGUUUGCACGUAUUCUGACCGAGAAACUGGAGAGGGUCCUAAGACAACGAGAGACGGAGGAACGACUCUCGGCGAGGUUACGAAAAGUGGAGGAAGAGGAAUCGGACCCAGAUAGGACAGCCAGUGCAUCUGAUGCGCCCAGGUUAUCGGCGGCCAUGUUUGAGAAAGGAGCGUUACCCGAAGACGACCCCAACAGCAUUCUAGACGAUCACUUCUCCCGCGUGUUCGUGGACUCGGCAAGGCACACGCCGGGGGAGUACUCCCCUCGCUCGCGAUCGCCCGAGCGCGUCCACCGGGCUAAGGUAGCUAAUCCGCUGAGCGGGUCCAUGGUCCAACCGGGAAUAAACCCCAAGCAGAUGAUUCCUCAUCAUCAGCUGCAACAGCACAACAAGCUCAUCAUGCAGCGACAGCGGACGAAGGACGCCUACACGCCGGGUUACAACGUGGACCCCGAGAUGUCCCUUGCUCAGUACAAACACUUGAUGCAUCACAAGGCCAAGCAGAUCGAGUUUGAUGCCGGAGCGCAGAGAACAUUAGCCGGGAUGACGGCCGAAACGGGCGACUCAAUAUACCACAAACUCAGAGCCAGGGGAGACAGUAUAACCAUGGACCUCAUAACGGACUCCUCACGGCAUGUGAAAACCAAAAAGUCCAGUAAAAAGUCUGAUAUUUCUUCCAUCUCCAAGACGACGGACAGUGGGAUAUACGAGGGUCCUCCUUCGCUGCCAUCGGACAAUGAAAGGAAGCAACACAUCGAGCAGUGGAUUGAGGAAGGGGAGAGGUACAGCAAGCAAGUCAUCGGCAAGCAGUACCGUCGGACCAGCCACCGCAUUUCCCCUGAUAUCACGCAGACCUCAUCCGUGCCACCGCACAGACCAAGUAUGCCAAAGAAGCCCGUCGCCUACAACACCUCGCGGCCCAACUCCCAGGAGCGGACGCACUGCCUGACCAAGGUGCUACCCCAGCGCAGCUCCCCGCACCUCCCCACCCAGCCCAUCAUGCAGGACCCCAGCAUGCCCGUCAAUAAGCCCCCCGAGCCCCUCACCGUGCUGGAGGAGGUGCGGCGAAGGAUAGACGUCUCCAGCAAACAGAGGCAGAGGCAUUCUGAUGGCGUCCGCAAGGAGAGGAGACCCACCAGCGGAAACCCUCCAACCCGUGUAACCUCAGCGCCUGCCAAGAUGGCUCCAGUGGUCUCGCCAGAUAUGAUGGAAGACCAAGGGAGGAAAAGUGGGUCCAAGCAGCGCACCUUUGCCCCGCCGGACGGUAAGGAAACAAUGACAACGACGGUAGCCUACUACUUCUGCAACGAUCCCAUCCCCUACAGGACCACACUACCGGGCGACAAGAUCACGUUGGCCCAAUUCAAGACUCUCAUUUCCAAGAGGGGUGACUACAGGUAUACCUUUAAGACGCCCAGCGACGAAUUUGACACGGGAGUUGUCCACGAGAUCAUCUCGGACGAUUCAACAAUUCUACCCAUCUACCAGGGCAAAAUCAUCGGCAAAGUGGAGAAGAUCGACUGAAUACGGUUGCCAGCACCCGACGAUUUGCCCGAAAAAUUCCAAACAGAACUACCCCAACCGUGCCAACAACCGCCUGACGUUGCAAAGUGAAAACUGUCGGCAUUUUGUUUAACAAAAUUAAACCAAAGGUGAAACCGUACUGUUUUUUUUAUGAUCGUAUGCAAACUCCUCCAAAAAAAAGUAGACUUGAAGCAUUAACAUGUGGCAGUUUCUGGUUUGAAUGUGCCAGAGCUGGAAUUUGUCUACAAAAUUGCUGCAAAAUAUCUCAGCUACUUUUAACUACAUGUACAGUACUUAAAAUAUUCAAAUACAUCUCUAUCAUGCCAGUCGUGUCCAGCUCCUGUAAUACAAGACAUUGACACAGCAUUUGUGAUGCGAUCAAGCUAAAUGAGUCGUUUGUCAGGAAGUUUCAUUUGGAGAUACAGGCCAAAAUAGGACCACUUCAUCACAUCACUUCAUCACAUCUCUUGGUGUUCCAACUUCCAUAAUC